CAAACAUGCUCUAAAUUGCUACAAGACCAUUCCAUUCCAUCACUUCUCGUCGUCUCCCGCUCUGCAAAAUCCAGUUGCGAAAUGAAGACUUUGCCACGGCUCGCCAUUCACACCGAGUUCUUGUCGAGAAUCGCAAUCCCCCGCAGGAAUUGUGCGUAUUUUAUUUUCUCAAACAAUAGAAGAAGGCAGAGCACAGUUGCACUCUCCUCCUCUGAUAAGUCAGCUGAGGAAACUCUAGUUGUAGUUGGCGCUGGCGCGGCCGGAAUUUACGGAGCCAUUCGAGCUAAGACAAUUGCGCCCCAUCUUGAUGUGGUUGUGAUUGAGAAAGGGAAACCUUUAUCAAAGGUUAAGAUUUCUGGUGGUGGUCGAUGUAAUGUGACGAACGGCCAUUGCGUUGAUAAUGCGAUUCUCGCAGGAAAUUAUCCAAGAGGUAAUAAAGAGUUACGAGGAUCGUUUUUCAAUAUUCAUGGCCCAACCGAUACCAUGUCGUGGUUCUCAGAUCGUGGAAUAGAACUUAAGACUGAGAUUGACGGAAGAGUGUUUCCGGUCACUGACAGUUCAUCUACUAUCAUAGAUUGCCUUAUAUCUGAAGCAAAAAAGAGAGGGGGUAGGACAAAAAUAUGUAUGGCUGACUCUUUUCCAAUAGUUGUAUUACAGACUGGAAAAACCGUUUCAAGUGCAUCAACAUCCGACGAUGGGAAAUUCUCCAUCAAAAUAGAAAAACGUACAGUUGAUUAUGUUGAGUAUGUCAAAGCUGAUUAUUUGAUGAUUGCCAGUGGUAGUAGUGAGCAGGUUGUGCAUGAUGGAUAUAAACUUGCUACUCAACUUGGUCAUUCUAUUGUGAAACCAGUCCCCAGUUUAUUCACUUUCAAGAUUGAUGAUUUUCAGUUAGUUGAAUUGUCUGGGGUUACAUUUCCUAAGGUUGGACCCAUGUUGGUUACACACUGGGGAUUUAGUGGGCCAGUGAUUCUUCGUUUAUCUGCUUGGGGAGCACGUGAUCUCUCGGAUUCUGAUUACAAAGGUUCACUUCUCGUAGAUUUUGUUCCUGAUGUUCGAGCUGAAGAUGUGAAGUCAUUACUUAUUCAACACAAGAAUAAACUUCCAAAGCAAAGGGUCAUUAAUUCAUUUCCUUCAGAGUUUGGCAUUGUGAGGAGAUUCUGGAGAUAUAUAGUAGAGCAAGAGGAUUUGGUUGAAGAUCUUUUGUGGGCUUCCAUAUCCAACAACUUAAUAACAUCAAUUGCUUCGCGACUUAAAAACUGUUCCUUCCGCGUGAAAGGGAAGGGUCAAUUCAAGGAUGAAUUUGUCACAGCUGGAGGUGUUCCACUGUCUGAGAUAUCCCUGAAUACCAUGCAGAGUCGAAUCAGGUCACGCCUAUUCUUUGCUGGGGAGGUAUUGAAUGUCGAUGGUGUAACUGGAGGUUUCAACUUCCAGAAUGCUUGGUCAGGUGGAUUUAUAGCUGGAACAAGUAUAGGCAACCUGGCAACCUCACUUGUUUGGAAGACAGGCAAAUGUGUGAGCGAAUUAGAUGCUAAUAUUUCCACAUUUUAGGAGUGUUAGCAAAUACUUCUUCGUAUCAGUUAUAUAUUGUAUUACAAGCAAAGUAGUGGAGAAUGUUUUUGCAACUAGAAUUAAAGGAAAAAAUGAAGAAAUUGGAGAUAUUAGGGAACAAAAGGAAGUAAUAUUUGGAUACGCAUAGAUUUCUUUUAUAUUUAUGCGCAUUAAUUAAUAAUAAAGUGUCGGUUUUUUUCAA